AUGGCACCCACUACUUACACUGCAGUCGUCUUUGGCGCAACUGGCGCAACUGGCCGCAAUGUCCUGCGCGAGCUGCUCGAGUCUCCAGCAUACUCCAAGGUGCUCGAAGCAGGCCGUCGCGUCACCCCUCUAGACAGCCUUCCAGCCGGCGCGAAGGACAAGCUCGUGCAGCAGACUGUCGACUUUGAGAAGCUUGACGCGGAGAAGUUGCAGGGAUACGAUCAUGUCUACAUAACGCUUGGUACGUCAAGGAAAGCGGCGGGCGGUGCCGAGGCGUUUGAAAGGAUAGACCGCGAAUACGUAUUGAAUGCGGCCAAAGCCGCAAAGACGCCCGGGUCUACGACUCAGCGCUUGCUGUACUGUUCCUCCGUAGGCUCGAACCCGCACUCACACUUCCUUUACACACGUAGUAAAGGCCUGACGGAACAAGGCCUCGCGGACCUAGGAUACGCCGAGACUUUCAUCUUCAGACCCGCCACGCUCGUUCGGCACGAGCCGCGUCUCGUUGAGCGCGUUCUUGUACCCGUACUCUCCGUACCUUCUCUAUUCACCGAUACCCUCAUGAUCCAGGUCGAGCAGGUGGCACGCGCGAUGCGUACCGCCGGCCUGCGCGGGGCGUCUGCGCUCGCUGGAUUCACCGGCGUAGCAAAGGAGACGCUCGAUGGGCCCGAGUUUACAGCGAUCAACAACUCGGGGUGCCUCGCGCUGUCGAGGGAGGAAGAGGCGAAUUGA